CACAAUCAAAACGUCAAAGUCAAACAGCAAGUAUUACCGUCUUAUUUUAAAGUGUUUUAUUUAUUUAUGCUUUUACGAAACCGAAACAAAUCUCGUUCUUUAGAUCUUGUUGAAACUGAAAUUAGUAGGUACAUGUAUGUGCACAAUACCUUUGUUACCAUUUUGAAGAAAACAUGGGCAGGCAUGCAGAAUGGAGAAAAAUUGCCAAAAAGCAGAGAAGAAAACGAAUUCGAACCCUUCAAGCUACGGAAAGAGACAAAAUUUUUUCAACUGACUGGUACAUAAGGCAACAAGAAAUAGAAGAACAACUAAUUUUAGAACAAAUUAAUAAGCAAAAUGAGGAAGAAAAUAAAAAGUGGAUUGAAGCCGAAAAAAUUGCAAUAGCUCAAUGGAAAAGACUUCAAGAAGAAAAAGAGAGGGUCAUACAGAGGAGACUAGAACAAGAGGCUAAGAUGAAACUUGAAUGGGAGUUGGAACAAGAAAAGAAAAAAAAAGAAGAAGAAAGACUAAAAGCUGCUGAAGAAGAACAGAAACGAAAACAUCAAAUGUUUAUGGAUCAUUUAGACAAGUUCUUGUCUGGAGACUCAAUAGAGCCUCCUCCUGAAUUGAAAGUGGUCCAUGAGACAAGACCAGAUGCUGAACUUUGUCCAUUUUUCACCAAAACUUCAUGCUGUCGGUUUGGUGAUCAGUGUUCAAGAAAUCACCAAUAUCCAGGCAUUAGCAGAGUGUUGUUGGCAUCAAAUUUUUAUAUUCACUUUGGGCUAAAUAAUGCAGAUAUCAACGAAUAUGACACAGACAUCAUGCUAGAAUAUGAAGACAGUGAAACAUACAAAGAAUUCAAAGAAUUCUUCUAUGAUGUUUUAUCCGAAUUUGAAAAAUUUGGUAGAAUAGUGCAAUUUAAGGUGUGCAAUAACUAUGAAAAACAUCUUCGAGGAAACACGUACAUAGAAUUUGCUGAGUUACGAUGUGCUGUCGCCGCUUAUCGAGCUUUACAUACUCGCUGGUACGGAGGCAGGCAACUAUCCUUACAAUUUUGUAACAUCAAUUCCUGGAGCAAUGCCAUAUGUGGACUCCAGUUGCGAAGGCGGUGUCCAAAGGGUCGGGCAUGCAAUUUUCUACAUGUCUUCAGAAAUCCGAGUAACUUCUUCAAUCAUAACCAUAAUUAUGAUCCUGAACGAGAGAAAGAUAGGAGUUCCCGUUCUUCAGUUCGAUCAUGGCGGUGGUCUGAGUCUCCAGAGAGAGAACCAUCGAAAAAAGUUAGUUCAAGACGUGACGAAAGCAGUGACAGGCGUCAUCGAAAACCACGGUACCGCGAACGUGACCGUGACGACGACGACGAUGACGACGCCCACGACGAUUAUGACAGAUAUUACCGUCGAACCUCAUCCCGGCACAAUAGUCACCGUCGUUAACAUUUUGCGUUAUAAAUUUCAUAUUAUUUUUAUAAAAG